CACAACAAGGAUGUUGCUGCUGCACACGCAGGUCCUCCAGUCCGAGCCGCUUUGAGCCGCGUUGUUUCCGAGCCCCCCGUCCCUCUGGUUUUGUCGCGAUGAAAUCCACGUCGGCGUUGGUGACUGUCAUCCUGCUGGCGCUCGUGAGCAGAGCGAGAAACGAAGACGACGCACAUCCCUGCGCCACGGUCCAGGCGUCCGGGUCUGUGGUCCCUUUGGGGUCGCCCGUCACAGCCACCUGCGUCGUCAGGGGCGACUGCCCUCUGGUCACCGGACAGGCCGUUCGCAUAGAGUGGCGCCUGGGCGACCGCGUCCUCCCCGCCGGCCCCGGGGCCCCCGAGAGCGGCCUGGUCUCGCAGGUCGCCAUACCGAGCUUCAAUCACACGAGGGAGUUCCUCACCUGCUGUGUCCAGGCCUCGCCGGUUCAAGUGGUGGCAGGAUUGGAGAUCAGAGCCGGAUAUCCGCCAGAAGCCCCACGAAACCUCAGCUGUCAGACGAACCUCACCACCCCGAUCACGCUGACCUGUAGCUGGGACCCCGGGCAGCAGGAGACCCACCUGCACACAAAGUACACCCUCCACACGCAGAUAUGCGACUCAAACGAGAACGACACCUACGAGCCGCUCCCAGGGGUCCACCGCUACAGCAUCCCUCGCUCUGGAUUCGUCCUCUUCUCAAACAUCCACAUAUACGUGAAGGCAGUGAAUGAACUCGGAGAAGCGACGUCGGAGGCUGUGGAUUUGGAGCCUGUCAGUGCAGCUAAGUUUGACCCACCGACGAUCGUGAGGAUUCAAGCGGUGCCCAGAAAGUACGGCUGCCUGAAGCUGAGCUGGAACUUAUCUCAGCAGCUGGCCUGGACGGCCAGCCUGCGCCUGGACCUGGAGGUCCGUCUCACCCCAGCUGACGGCGGCCAAUGGGGCGAACAACCCAUCCUGCGGAGCGGGGUUAGAACAAGCAGACCCGUGGACCUGUGCCGUCUCCUCCACGGGACGCGGUACCUCGCCCAGAUCAGAGUCCGAUACCAGCGGGGCCCCUGGAGUGAAUGGAGCCGCAGCCGGUCGGGAGUCACCUUGGAGAACGCUCCCGCCGGACGCCUGGACUGCUGGCUGAAGGCGUCACGAGAUCGCGCGGACAAAGCGCUCGACGUGCUCUUGUUUUGGAAGCCGUCGAAACAAUUCCGCGCCAACGGCCAAAAUGUGUCGUACACCGUCGUGGGGAAGAGGAAUGGGAAAGUGUGCUCUACGACGAGACAUUAUUGUGCUUUUCGGGUUUCCAGCAGAGUAAAGAAAGUGUACCUGAGUGCUGUUAAUGCAGUGGGGAAAUCCUCCCCCACAGAAGUGUGGAUUUACCCACCUGGAACUCGCGAAGCGGUAUCAAACGUCACAGUCGUCCCUCGGGAUGACAGAUCCCUCCUGGUCCAGUGGAAAAGCCAGCGGUCUUCCAAUCUCACUGGUUUCGUGGUGGAAUGGAGACCUUUGCUGCAAACAGACCCCUCUUCGACCCAAUUUGAAUUGACUGACCAAAACCAGACACAGCUUUUUAUAGCAGGCAGCUUGGAGCCCUACAAGCCCUACGGGAUCUCCGUGUAUCCCAGGUUUAAGGACGGGAUAGGCCCUCCUCAGACCGUUGAUGCCUACUCGAGAGAAAAGGCGCCAUCCAUGGUUCCAAAACUACAAAUUACAAAGAUCUGGAAGUCGCAUGUGGAGCUCGCCUGGGACGAAAUACCAUUAGAGCAAAGGAACGGAUUCAUCCAGAACUACACAGUCUUCUACUGUGAUCCAAAGGGACACUUUCAGGUGGCGAAUGCUGACCCCAAAGAAAGGCGAGUGGUCCUGAGAGGCCUCAACAGCGAGUCUCUGUACGAGGCUUUCCUGAUGGUUAGCACGCUCGGCGGGAGCCUCAACGGGUCCACGGUUCAUUUCAAAGUGGAGUCCUUUGAUGCGGCUGCUGUUGUGGAAAUUGUAACCGUGGCCGUCGUUGGACUGUUGCUGGCGGGUAUCGGCGUAGUCACGACUUGUUUCUCCGACAAUAAAAGCCUGAACGGGCGUUUUUGGCCAGCUGUUCCAGAUCCGGCCAACAGCAGCAUCACAAGAUGGACAUCGCAAUCAACACAGGAUUCCAAUCUUGCCUUGGACAAAGAGGAGCCCAAUCCUAUGUACCUGUCCCACCUGAGCUUCCUGGACAUCCCCGUGAAACCCAGCAAAGGGGACGAUGACCCGUGGUCGAGCACUGCAGGGGACACCAGCGACCUGGGAGAGUCCAUUUGUGGCUCGCCGCUCCUCCCUGACUACUCCGGCUCCAACAGCGACUCCGUUCCGUACGCCACCGUGGUGUUCUCUGCUCCGUGCAGCGACCCCGUCCCCGACGACCCUCAGGUGUACUUGCGCUCCGAGUCCACACAGCCCCUCCUGGAGACCGAGGAGUCCUCCAGUCCAAAGUGCUGCCAUAACAUGGGGACUGUCAAGAUGCCGGAUGAGCAGUGCUUCUUUGGGCCUUCCCACGAUUGUGUGCCUGAAACAGGGGAAGGCGGAGGGACUCUGUGGGAUGACUUUCCUUUUCUUCGAGCAUUAGCCUUGAAUGAUACUGAAAAUGACUAAAUGUACCUUGCUGAUUAUAAGCUGCUUUGCAAGAUGUUCGUCCGAGUUUGCAAUGAGCCGACAAGUUGAUUCAGCAGAGCACAUGCAUGGAAGAUUAAAUGCUAAAAUCACUUUUAUAUUUAAUGAUUAUGCUGUCCACACUUUAUUCAUAACACACUUUGUAGAUACACCACCUCUUUAUCAAAUAAACGUUUUUUCUGAAGAAACA